CUCUGCGUACAGCGAGGAGGUAAUCAGACGGGUCUUCAUGACCCAUGCAGCCACCCGAUACAAAGACAACAUCCACAAGAUGAGGAAAAUGCAAAAGAAGCAUACAUCUGUGAAUCAGGAGAUCUGGGAAGCCUGGAAUGCAUUUUGGGACACAGAGAAGGAGAAAAAGAAGCCAGAGACAGCCCGGGCAAACAGGAUGAGUGAGCCUGCGGGCCCCGGUUCUGGUCCUGUCCGCCAUACCGGGGGAUCUCGCUCCGCUAUCAAGCAUAUGGAUGUGAUGGCUAAGGAGCUCGGCCGGAAGCCGACUGCGACAGAGCUGUACAGUCGCCUUCAUAAAACGAAGGCUGAGAAGAAACCGGUCGACAAGAGGGCUCAUGAUAUGACUGACGCCAUCGGUGAGAGGCUUGCUGCUGCGACACAGUCGCCGACCGGAGAGGGGAGCACCUCGAGUCCUGUGGAUGAGACGCAGAUAUUUAUAGAUAUCGAGGGCGUCAACAAGAAGCACCGGGUGUACGGCCUGGGUUCGGCUACCAGCAGGUAUGUAGGCCCGAGUAUCAGACCGCAGAGAGGCAGCUCUUCACGGACAUCACAGCAGGCGGAUGAGGAGGUCGAGCGCUGUGUGCAGGCCGGCAUCCAGGAGGGCCUGCGGCAGGUUGAGCAGCGGUUGGCGGCGCAGCAGGCGAGCAUGGCACAGAUGAUACGUGAUGAGAUUGCAAAGAUGAUGCCGAAUCUCCCACCAGAGUAUCAGCCACAGUUUCCCCCUCCCCCGCCAGACGGUGGCGACACUACAUAUUUGUAG